GCUAAAUUGAAUGAGUAAUGUUUUUAAUUUGUCGGGAACAUUGCUUUUAAAUUCGGCGAUGGAACUCGAUUCUCAAACAUUGUCAAUGUUUUGAAGAAUAUGGUAGUCUGGAAUAACGUUUCCGUAAAUGAUCACUUAGUGAUCUUUAUUUGAUUUUCUGAUCACCGAACUCGACUGUUAUAGUCUACGAAGCAGUGUUGCGUGGUUGAGACUAAAAUUGAAAAGAGCUGAAACAUCAACAUAUUUGAUUUGUAUUGAUGCUUUGUUGCAACAAAUCAAAAAGGUAUUUGGAUAGCAUUUGUCCAGAGAAUAGCUACAUUUACAACAACGAACAAUCAAAGACAUGUAAAAUACAGCUGAUUGUACUGGUUACUUUAAAAUAUACACAAAAUACAAAGUCCAAAGAGUGUUGAUAUUAUUAAACUGAUUAACGGCAAUGGAAGACUUGACGUACAAAGUCGAGCGACCUCAAGAAGAGUACGAGUCGUCUGAUUUAAACUCGGACAGCGGGGAUUCGUCAUUUCGUGAUGCAUGUGUAUCGUGUAUUGAUGAAACCAUGUUCCCACCAAGGCAAAAACUCCCUGAAAGCGCCGUCAUAAAGCUGUCUACUCUCGCACGCAAGCUAGCAAUGGCUACAUUGUUUUGUAAUAUUGUUAUAACAGCGUUUGGAUUCUUCACUUCGACCGAAUCCGACAGCAUGGCUACAUUUGGCUUCGCUUUCGAUUCCUUCUUUGCCGUAAUUUCCUCUGUCGUUUUGAUAUGGCGAUUUUGGACGGACAAUCCGGACAGCUACGUGGUAGCAAAACGAGAAACUAACGCAACCGCUGUUAUUGCUGUAUGCCUUGUCGUCUCGUCCAUCGCAAUUACUGGCCGUUCCAUAAACUGUCUUUUCGAUACAGACAAGCCUGGGAAACCAGCGGAGUUGAUCAUCCUAACAAGCGCUAGUUUGUUUGCUUAUUCAGUGUUAUUUCUAAUAAAACGGGUUAUCGCGGUAAAGUUAGGAAGUGGUGCUCUUAUGACUGACGCAAUGGAUUCUCUAUGCGGUGCUCUGUUUGCUCUCAGUAUUCUCAUAUCUGCACUAGUUUUAGAGUUCACAGAAAAAGCUUGGUUUAUGGACUCCACCAUCGCUAUUGUGGUGUCGGUAUGCUCCUUCGUGUACGGCGUAAUUGUGCUUCAAAAACUGAUAUGCGUCCAUUUAAAGAGAGAAGAAAAAGCAAUGAAAAAAGAACAAGGAUACGAUCUUCUUCAGCAGGAACAAACUGCUGAAGAGUAGAAAUAAAAUAUGGAAAAAUUACAUUUGUUCAACUGAAAUGACAUAUAUAAUUAUUGAUAAUGUUGUUUAGAAUUCGCCGUCACACUCACGCCCUCAGUAAUGAAUACGAGGGAUGACAGCGCCUCACUAGACCAUGAACAGUUAAAAUUAAUAAUCUACUGAAUUUCGCCUUCAGCAGCAAGCUAUUCGCUGAGAAUUGAAAGAAAAGAAGACCAUAAAGAUAAAUGUUCUUAAUAUAUAUAAAUUGAACGGGUGUGAAGUUUUAAAGAAGCUCAAUUUUCGAUUUAUGAUCGUCGAUUGAUCGACGAUUCGCAAAGCCUCCCAUUGAGUCUCCCAUUGAAAUGAUACAAAGUGUUUUGUAAUCGUGUCACUCCACUUAAGUGGCUACCCGUACACCCGUUUCACCCAGCCCUGAACCCGGGGGUUUUCAUUUUCAAGAUACAAUAUUGUUACAUUAUAGAUUGAAUAAAUUUACUUGUACUUUGUAGACGGUCGCAGGUCUCGCCAACUUUUAAUUUAAUUGCCAUAUUCAUGCCAUGUUUAUAAGAAAGAAUGUUCUAUUUCAAACUAAUUAUAAAUGUUGUAUCCAAGUAACACAAAACCAAUUGCAAAAUUUUUAACUGAUCUUUGACUUCGCAAACAAAUAAAGCACUUUCAUGACUCCUGAUUUGCAUAUUAUGCUUUGCAUAAUUUUUACUGUUAUAAUUAAUUUCUAUGUUACUUAUGUUAAUUACUAUGUUAGUAUUAAUUACUAUGUAAUUAUUAAUUCCCACUUCACAAGACUUAAACAUAUUUGUCCCGAAAUAUUCAGCGAAAUUCAGCAACUGAGG